UCUGAAGGAGACACUCAUGUGGUGAAACUCUACUUGAAAUCGAGGGAAACGGGGCAGAAAUUUGCCAGUGUGGACUUCACCUUCUACAACUGCAGCAUCCACAGAUCGUGCUUGUCCUGUGUGAACGGCUCGUUCCCGUGUCACUGGUGUAAAUACAGACAUCUGUGCACGCAGAACGCCAAAGACUGCUCCUUCCAGGAGGGACGGGUGAACAUGUCAGAGGAUUGUCCUCAGAUCCUUCCGUCCACACAGAUCUACGUCCCCGUGGGCGUCCCGAAGCCGAUCACGCUGUCGGCCCGAAACCUUCCUCAGCCGCAGUCGGGUCAGAGGAACUACGAGUGUGUGUUCCACAUCCAGGGCGAAACACACAGUGUGACGGCGCUGCGCUUCAACAGCUCCAGCAUCCAGUGCCAGAAAACCACUUAUAACUAUGAAGGAAGUGACAUCAGCGAUCUCCCUGUUAAUCUGUCUGUGGUGUGGAAUGGAAACUUCAUCAUCGACAACCCUCACAACAUGCAAGCGCACCUCUACAAGUGCUUCGCUCUGAGAGAGAGCUGUGGUGUGUGUCUGAAGGCCGAGCCCAGCUUCGAGUGUGGCUGGUGUGUGCAGGACCGGAAGUGUUCGCUGCGGCAGGAAUGCGCUCAGCCGGAGAACACGUGGAUGCACGCCAGCGCCGGGAACAGCCGCUGCACACACCCGCGCAUCACCAAGUUGUUUCCUGAGACCGGUCCACGGCAGGGCGGAACCAGACUGACCAUCACCGGGGAGAAUCUGGGCCUUCAGUUUAAAGACAUCCAGAACGGCGUGCGGAUCGGGAAAGUGGCCUGUACGCCCAUCGAGGAGGAAUACAUCAACGCUGAGCAGAUUGUGUGUCGUUUGGCCGAUGCCACAGGUUACCGUGUGCAGGAGGCUCAGGUGGAAGUGUGUGUGCGAGACUGUCUGCCGGAGUACAGGGCCGUGUCUCCUAAAGCCUUCACGUUUGUGUCUCCGUACUUCACGCGUGUGCUGCCGUCAUACGGGCCGAUCUCUGGAGGAACGAGGAUCACGAUCCAAGGCAGUCAUCUGAACGCGGGCAGCGCCGUCUCCAUCAAGAUCGGACUCAACACCUGCCGCUUCCUGAGGCGCAGCGCCCGUGAGAUCGUGUGUGUGACUCCAGCAGGAUUGGGUUCAGGCGGGACGCCGGUGAUGGUGGAUAUAAACGCAGCCGAGCUCAGAAACCCAGAGGUGAAGUUCAACUACACGGAGGAUCCCAGCGUCCUGAAGAUCGAGCCCGACUGGAGCAUCGCCAGCGGUGGAACCCCGUUAACGGUCACCGGCACAAACCUCGCCACCGUCAGAGAGCCGGAGAUGAGAGCCAAGUACGGCAGCGUCAGUGCCGUCAACAACUGCACUGUGCUGAAUAACACUGUGAUGGUGUGUCUGGUGCCGUCCGUGGCCGGUUCUGAAAGAGGUUUCUCAGAGGUGGGCAGCGGGCCGGAUGAAAUCGGAUUCAUCAUGGAUAACGUUCAGGCGCUCCUGGUAGUUAACGAGACCUUCAGUUUCUAUCCCGAUCCUGUGUUUGAACCCUUCGGUCCGUCCAUGCAGGAGCUCAAACCCGGUUCUCCUCUCAUACUGAAGGGCAGGAAUCUGAUUCCUUCGGCUGCUGGCAUCUACAAGCUGAACUACACCGUUCUGAUCAGCGACAAGCCGUGUGUGUUGACCGUGUCAGAGACGCAGCUGCUGUGUGAAUGGCCAGAUCUCACCGGCCAGCAUAAAGUGACUAUCCUGGCCGGAGGUUUCCGCUACUCUCCAGGAACCCUGCAGAUCUACUCCGACAGCUUGCUGACUCUUCCUGCAAUCAUCGGGAUCGGGGGAGGAGGAGGCCUUCUUCUGCUCGUCAUCAUCAUCAUCCUCAUCGCCUACAAGCGCAAAUCCCGGGACGCGGACCGAACGCUCAAGCGACUGCAGCUGCAGAUGCACAACCUGGAGUCCAGAGUCGCCCUGGAGUGCAAAGAGGCGUUUGCCGAGCUGCAGACCGAUAUCCAUGAGUUGACUCAGGAUCUGGAUGGAGCUGGAAUACCGUUCCUGGAUUACCGCACGUAUGCCAUGAGAGUGCUUUUCCCAGGAAUAGAGGACCAUCCGGUGCUGAAGGAGAUGGAGGUGCCGGCGAACGUGGAGAAGUCUUUGACUCUGUUCGGGCAGCUCUUGAACAAGAAGCACUUUCUGCUGACGUUCAUCCGCACGCUAGAGGCUCAGCGCUCGUUCUCCAUGCGGGACCGAGGGAACGUGGCGUCUCUCAUCAUGAGCGCCCUGCAGGGAGAGAUGGAGUACGCCACCGGUGUCCUGAAACAACUGCUGUCCGACCUCAUCGACAAGAACCUGGAGAGCAAGAACCACCCCAAACUCCUGCUGAGAAGGACUGAAUCUGUGGCUGAGAAGAUGCUAACAAACUGGUUUACUUUCCUCCUCUUCAAGUUUCUUAAGGAGUGUGCGGGCGAGCCUCUCUUCAUGCUGUAUUGUGCUAUAAAGCAGCAGAUGGAAAAGGGUCCCAUCGACGCCAUCACCGGAGAAGCCAGAUACUCCCUCAGUGAGGACAAACUCAUCCGGCAGCAGAUCGACUACAAAACACUGACGCUGCACUGCAUUAACCCAGAGAACGAGAACGGCGUGGAGGUCACCGUGAAAUGCCUGAACUGCGACACCAUCACACAGGUCAAAGAGAAACUGCUGGACGCCGUGUUUAAAGGCACUCCGUACUCGCAGCGGCCGAAAGUCGGAGACAUGGACCUUGAGUGGCGGCAGGGUCGCAUGGCUCGCAUCAUUCUCCAGGACGAGGACGUCACCACUAAGAUCGACAACGACUGGAAGCGUCUCAACACACUGGCACACUAUCAGGUAACAGAUGGGUCAGCGAUCGCAUUGGUCCCUAAGCAGAACUCCGCCUACAACAUCUCCAACUCCUCGACGUUCACCAAAUCCCUCAGCAGAUACGAGAGCAUGCUGAGAACCGCCAGCAGUCCCGACAGCCUUCGCUCGCGGACGCCCAUGAUCACACCUGACCUGGAGAGCGGGACCAAACUCUGGCACCUGGUGAAGAACCACGACCACAUGGACCAGAGGGAGGGCGACCGCGGCAGCAAGAUGGUGUCCGAGAUCUACCUGACGCGCCUGCUGGCCACCAAGGGCACACUGCAGAAGUUUGUAGAUGACCUGUUUGAGACCAUCUUCAGCACAGCUCACCGGGGCAGCGCUCUUCCUCUGGCCAUCAAAUACAUGUUCGACUUCUUGGACGAGCAGGCCGACAGACACGUGAUUUCAGACCCGGACGUCAGGCACACGUGGAAGAGCAACUGUUUGCCGUUGAGGUUCUGGGUGAACGUGAUCAAGAACCCUCAGUUUGUGUUCGACAUUCAUAAGAACAGCAUUACGGACGCGUGUCUGUCUGUUGUGGCUCAGACCUUCAUGGACUCCUGCUCGACGUCAGAGCACAAGCUGGGCAAAGACUCGCCCUCCAACAAGCUUCUCUACGCCAAAGACAUCCCCAACUACAAGAACUGGGUGGAGAGGUAUUACUCUGAUAUCUCGCGGAUGCCUGCGAUCAGUGAUCAGGAUAUGAGUGCGUAUCUGGCUGAACAGUCUCGUCUGCACUUAAGCCAGUUCAACAGCAUGAGCGCGCUGCACGAGAUCUUCUCCUAUAUCACCAAAUACAAGGACGAGAUCCUGUCUGCGCUGGAGAGAGACGAACAGUCCCGUCGUCAGAGACUGAGGUCUAAACUGGAGCAGGUGAUCGACACCAUGGCUCUCUCCAGCUGA